AUGGCAUUCGGAAUGAUUCAGCAUGCAAAUGUAAAUGCAACAAUGAUUUCGACGCCGCAAAUGGCUUCAAAUGUUGUUAUUGAGUUACUUGAAACAGUUCUCGAUGCAAACAACAAAUUGUUAAGUGGUACAAGUGAUUUCCCUGCUUGUACAGAUUUCGAUUCCGAGUUGGAUAAAGAAAAUAUCGAUGAUGGAGAUGUAAAUCAUUCAACUGUUGAUCCUCACGCGAUAUACGCAAAUGCAUCGAUAAAUACACAGCUUAAAAUGAUGGCUGAUUAUUUAAAGACAAUCGCAAAUGAACUGAAUGGAACAGCAAAACUUUCUGUUGCUCCUAUUGCGAAUACAAUUCAUAUUCUUGGAUAUCAUUUAGGACCAAAGAUGUUCAAAGUCACAGCGAGAUUGAAUGAAUUAGCUGAAGUUAAAUUCGAAGAAAGUGUGAAAAUGUUAAGAUAUUUUUUAAUCCCUAACUUUGUAUUACUUAUUCUUUAUGUUUUAGUUGUUGUUUCUUAUUAUAGUAUUAGAAAAGAUACUUACAGAGCGAGUUUAUUCAUCUUGAAGAGAAUAAGUCCUCUGCAAUUAAUUAAUAACAAAUUGUUCAUCAAACAUUUCCUGAUUCACGAGCACGAAUCGAAAGAAGAGAGUAAAACAGUGUCAGGAAACAUUAUCCAUUCUUCUCCUGAUUGUAUCUUGUGUACAAAUAUCCAUGGUGUUGUUGAAACUGUUAAUUCAGCAACAGCAUCGAAUCUUGGUUAUACACCUGAGCAAUUAUUAGGUCAACCUGUUACUUCUUUCUUGAUACAAACAGAUGAAGAUAAAAUUGUCCAACAACUGGAUAUGAUGAGGAAUGGACAGAGCUCAUUAAUUUAUGAAGAUAAUGUCACAGCAAUCACUGAUUCAGCACAGUUUUUGCCUUGCCAUAUAACAGUGAUUGGAAUGAAAUCUCAACAGAAUUCGAACUUGAAUUCUUUCGUUUUUAUUUUAAGAAACCAAUCACAAUUAGUUCAACAACAAAAACAAGCAGAAGAAGCAAAAGCACAUCUGAAAAGCUUCUUUAUCAGAUAUUGCCAAGAGAUAUUGUGUUGCAAAUAA